GAUAGGUCACUAUCUCACAUGUGUCAUAUUACAAUGUCACAACGACGGAAUGAAACAGAGAACCUCGAGGAGAUAUGUUUAUGUUUUAGCGCCAAAAGAGAUGACAGAAACAGCGGUCAUGAAAUUCGUAAUACUUACAUACUGUCGGCUUCAUUUUUCUUUGUGUUUACUGCAUACCUAGCGAUACAAAAUUUGCAGAGCAGUUUGAAUCAGGAAGCAGGGCUAGGAGUAACGUCAUUAUCGUGCUUAUAUGGAUUUAUUAUCAUUUCUGCUGUAUUGGCGCCAACUGUCUUAAAGGUUAUUGGCGGGAAGUUAGCACUUGUUAUCGCUUGGAUACUACAUAUGGUCUACACUUUAAGCAACUUUUAUCCAACAUUCGGAACUUUAAUUCCUUCGUCUAUUUUACUUGGGCUUGUUUCCGGUCCUUUAUGGACAUCGCAAAGUAUUUACAUAACAAGAAAUGCUUAUUCUCUUUCAGACAGCACAGGUAAAGAUGCACAUGUGUUGCUCAGUAGACUAAACGGAAUCUUCUUUACAAUAUAUGAGUUAACACAAAUCAGUGGAAAUAUAGUGUCGUCUGCUGUUUUAUAUAAAAGUGCAAGCCACAAUUCCAAUGCUUCAUCUACGAACUGUGGUAUCAAUGAUUGUCCUGCAAUCACCGGAAAUGCUACUGUAUUGGACCAGCCAUCUUCAGAUACCGUGUACACUAUGCUUGGCGUUUUUCUGGUCUUUGAUGUAAUUGGACUCAUCUUGACUGCAACGUUUUUACCUCCGUUACCGAAGAGUCAGUGGACAGAGUCUUCUUCCAUAAAAGAAUCAGUGACAUCAUGUUUCUUUGCGUUCGCUGAUAUGAAGAUGUUGUUAUUGGUACCAUUUAUAGCAAUAAUGGCGAUGGAGCAAGCCGUUCUGUGGACAGAUUUUACUAAGUCUUACAUCAGCUGUCCAAUUGGAAUAAAAAUGGUUGGCUUUAUCAUGGCGUCGUAUGGAGGAUCAACAACUGUGUCGGCAUUGGUGACGUCACGGCUAGCUAAAUACACUGGGAGACAAGUUUUGUUUGCAGUAGCAAUUAUUAUACAAAUGUCCAUAUUUGUUGCCAUGUUUGUCUUCCAUCCACAAGGGAGAAGUGACUUGCCUUAUUUAUUUAUAAUGGCAGUCAUAUGGGGUAUCGCCGAAGGAAUAUUUCAGACGCAAUCCAAUGCACUGAUUGGAUACCUGUACCCAGAGAAUACAGAGCCGGCAUUUGCCAACUAUCACUUCUGGAAGGCGACAAGUUUUACUGUGUAUUUCGCUAUCAGUACUGUGUUAUGUGUAAAGACAAAGCUUAUCAUCGUCAUUGCGUUAUUAUCGAUAGCGUGUUUACUGUAUAUUGCUCUAGAAGUUAAAGUUUUCCUCAAACAACGGACUGCAGAUAUCUCCGAGACAAAAUAGUCCAAUACAUGUUCAAAUUUAUACAUCGGAAAAGCAACCAGGUUUGUUAAUGACCGCGUGGAGACGGGCAAUUUGAGCUAUAAGUUGACAGAAUAAUUCGUAUACAUGUACAAGGUGACUGCCAUGGCAAUGGUAUUAGAAAAAAGUAUAAACUAUCAAUGUAAGCAGUUUGUCGAAACAGUGUGUUGCGGGUGAUAUGAUAUGACUUUUAUAUAUUUUGUAUUAAUCAUGGAUGUAUAGUUUGGUGUUUUAUUUCUUUUUACGAAGUUCAUUUUGUUUUUUUAUGCUGUUUUUUUUACCACAAUAAA